AUGACCUACUUGGGUAUAAUGGAUGACUCUUCCGAUGUGGCCGAUGUGUUACCUUCAUAUUUUGAAAAUGGAACUGCUGUUUUUAAUGUGACAGAUAGAGAUCUUUGUCAGUUCGUGAAAACCAUAGACAAAAUUGAAAGUGGAGGUUAUGUUGGAGGUCGAGGUAUAUUCAAGUUGAACGUUGAAGAAUCAUCUAGAAUCGAGGGCACCAAGUCAGAAGAACUGUUGCAAAUUUUGAAACCCCUUAUCAAGGACAAGUCAUGUACCCCUGCAACAGGAAAUUAUUUUAAGACUUUUGAAAAGAAAAUGAGACGUCUCAGUGUCUACUCUGCUCCUAAGACUUGCUGGUCUGAAAUUGUUGAUUUCAAAGCAGACGUGCAGGAGAAACCUUUAUUCGAAUAUUGCACCUGUGAAGAUUGCUUCACUGAGUCUGACUCUGACAGUGACACACAAAAUUCACGGGUCAACUCAGACAGUGACAAACAGAAAUCACAGGUCAAACGCAAACGUAGUUGCCCCAAGAAGAGUGACAUGUUAAAAUAUCCAAGUGUACUUAAUUUACUACCACAUAAGUACAAUGGAUUACAAACUCCAGACUUUUACAUCGGGGAAGAACAUUCAUGUUUCGCAGGCCACACCGAAGAUGGGGCCUUGUACGCUGCAAACUAUCUGCAUUUAGGAUUCCCCAAAAUCUGGAUAACCAUACCUCCUGAGUAUUGUGAAAAGGUUAGAGAUUCACUACAAAGUUUAAAGAUGGAUCUAGUGCACACAAGUUGUAUGAACAGUUUGAACCACAAGUAUUAUGUUUUCACUUUGAAGUUCUUAGACGACCUCAAUGUUAAAUAUCACAUUACCGUGCAACAUGUUGGUCAGCUAAUUAUUUUGGAACCGCAUACUAUUCACUGGGGUUUUAAUUGUGGACCAAAUAUUGCUGAAGCUGUUAAUUUUGGUACAGUAUCUUGGAUACCUGAAGGAGUCAAAGCAAUGAGAUGGCGGUGCAGGUGUUACGGUGACUCAAUCAUCCAUCUCGACAUGAGAAUUUUAGUAGCAGCCUUUUACCCAGAAAUGAUGAAAUCACUUUUUGAUUCCAGUGGUGCAAACACAGAGGUACUGAACGUGUCACCUGAACAUAAAGUCCAUCUCCCGGAAAAGGAAGUGCAUCGAAAAGAAAAAAUUUAUGAAUGUUCUGCCUGUCGAAGUGCAUACAAGGAUCACAAAAAGAGACUCAUAGACCAUGUGAUGGCUCAGCAUUCAGAUUCAGCGGCAACUCUUCUCAAUGAAAUUGAAGAAAAGUAUCCCACCAAAGCAUCUGGAAGUUCCGGAACUGGAAAUGUGUGUGAAGUUUGCAGUACUGUGAUACGUGGUAGUUCUACACACUUAGAAAAGCACUAUCAAAGGCAGUGUAAUAAUAUGAGACUGGAUGAAAAAACUAGGGAAGAGUAUGGUCAGGCAUUGGAAAGAUUGCAGCAAUCAGUAAAGCGAAGAAAGAAAGCAGUCAAGGCAGAAGACAACCUAGAAUAG